GGCGGCGCGCGGGCAGAGGUGCGGCGCGCGGCCCCCUAGCGCGCCAACGCGAUCCCCGCCGGAGCCGCGGCGUCCCACCGUGCGGCCCUCAUCCUUCUUCCUGACCCGACAUCCCGCCGGCUCCAGGAUGGGUGCGCGCGCUUCGGGAGGACCCCGGGCCCGGACAGGGUUCCUGCUGCUGCUGCUGCUGCUCGGGCUGGUGGCCCCCGGCGCACAGGGGGCGCGGAGCCGCGGCGGCACCGAGAAGAACAGCUACCGCCGCACGGUCAACACCUUCUCGCAGAGCGUCAGCAGCCUGUUCGGCGAGGACAACGUGCGCGCAGCUCAGAAGUUCCUGACAAGGCUGACCGAGAGGUUCGUGCUGGGAGUGGACAUGUUUGUGGAAACCGUGUGGAAAGUUUGGGCAGAGCUCUUGGAAGUUCUUGGACUCGACGUCUCGAACCUGUCCCAGUACUUCAACCCCAGCUCGGUGGCCAGCAGCCCCGCCCGGGCCCUCCUGCUGGUGGGCGUCGUUCUCCUGGCCUACUGGUUCCUGUCUCUGGCCCUGGGCUUCACCUUCAGCGCCCUGCACGUGGUGUUCGGCCGCUUCUUCUGGGUGGUGCGGGUCGUUCUGUUUUCCAUGUCCUGCGUGUACAUCCUGCACAAGUAUGAGGGCGAGCCUGAGAAUGCCGUGCUGCCCUUGUGUUUCGUGGUGGCCAUCUACUUCAUGACCGGGCCCAUGGGCUUCUACUGGCGAGGCAGCCCCAGUGGCCCCAGCGUGGAGGAGAAGCUGGAACAACUGGAGAACCAGGUCAGACUGCUCAACAUCCGCCUCACCCGUGUGCUGGAGAGUCUUGACCGCCCCAACAGCAAGUGACAACCAGCCAGCCGGCCGGCUCCCCCCGCACCAGCGCCCUCUCUCCGGAGACAAAAAAGAAGAAGGAAAAAAAGAACGCCAAACCCCAAACAACCUUAAUAAACAUGCCUGAGCAAGAGAGGGGCGCUUUGUGAGGGUGUUUCCGGCCACAUAUCAACUCUUAGGACAUCUUCCAGGAGGAACUGACAAGAUCGUUGAUGUAGGACUACCCACCAAGUGUCAUUAGUGGAAAAAAAUAUUUUUUAAACAAAGGAUAUAACCAUAUUAGCUGUACAGUAAGAGAAGUUUAUCUGUGCAUAGAGCAUAAAGUUAAUUUUUUCAAGCAUUUAAAUACAUCUUUUGUAAGGUUUUUUAAUAAAGGCAGAUCGAGUUGAGUUUAUUAAAACUUUACACAGAGGGGAAGAAAUUGCUAAUUCGAUCUUUUGUGAAAGUUUCAAGGCAAGUGUUUGCUUUUGCAGCACAGGGAUUGGUGGGUGAGGUCUGAGUGUGUUCUUUUCAUGUUCCAAAGCUGUGACCUUCAUUUCAUGUUGUUUUUGGUUAAUGUUGAUUUGAUGAAUUGUGUCGCUUCUGAAUGUGGACUGUUGGGUUUCAAGGUUGAAACUCAAUGUCUUUGAGAUCCUAGAUGAUUCAACCAAGCCCCCAUCAAUCAGAUUUCUGACUGAAGAAGUCAUUAUUUGUAGAAAACCUAAGAUUCCCUCUCCUUUCUGUACUUUGAUGUAUUUUAACCUCCACAUUUUCUAAAGGAAAAUUCAAGAACCAGACAAAGAAAUAUCAUUGGAGUUUGAUACCAAAUCGAAGCUCAUUCAGGUAUCUGAUUUGAGUCCUAAUUUUACCAUUGGCCAGCUAGGGGGAUAUAGGAAAGCUACACUCUCCAGGGUUUUUUUGUAUACUUAUUUCAUUUUGGUUUUUGGUUGACUCAGGACCUUAGAAGGAAAACCAAGCAUAGCAGCUAAUAACCUUUGAAGUCUGUUGCUGCUUACAAAGCAUUCUCAGGAACAAUAAGCAGAAACCCACCAGAGUUGGAGAAGAUUUAUUUUAUCUGAAAUUUUUACAAUAUAUAUGUUAGGUGCUUUUGGUUUGGAAUAUGUGCUGGCUUCAUUUUAGGUGGUCUCUAGUGGUGAAGAGAAGUACAUGGGGGGCAGACAGCUGUGGGGGUCCUGAACAAAGGGGGCUUUGUAAGGCUUGGAUCAGGGGCUAGUGGAGAUGGCCCUUUCUGGGUACCAAACAAGCACAGGAAAUCAAGGAAAGGGUGACCCAGGUUUUGCUACUAGGCUUCAUGGCCGUCUCCAUCAGCGUUCCUUGGUCACCUGUGUGUCCUGGCAGCCCUCUCAGAGCCCCUGUACACAGGUUUGCAGAGACCCCUGGCAGAUAGGGUAGAACCAAGACUUUCUGGGCCAGGUAUCCUUUCAGAGAAAACUCGGCUGCCUGCCAGCUCUUCCCGUGCUGUGUUUCUGUGCUGCUUUAUUUGAAGUUGCAAGUACCGGGAAAAGAGAAGCAGGUGUUUUUCAAGAAUGUUUAUGAAACUUCUGUUUUUAAGGUGCACAUUAACGGGAGCCAAACUCUCUUGCAUUUGCAGCUUACUUCUUGAAAUUAUGUACAUGUCCUCUAGAAUUUGCCUGGGCAAAUCUUUAUCCUUGGUUUCUGCAUUGAAGCCGUUCCAGUUUUGUCCAUGGCACCCCACUCCAGUCCUCUUGCCUGGAAAAUCCCAUGGAUGGAGGAGCCUGGUGGGCUGCAGUCCAUGGGGUCGCCAAGAGUCGGACACGACUGAGCGACUUCACUUUCACUUUUCACUUUCAUGCAUUGGAGAAGGAAAUGGCAACCCACUCCAGUGUUCUUGCCUGGAGAAUCCCAGGGAUGGGGGAGCCUGGUGGGCUGCCAUCUGUGGGGUCGCACAGAGUCGGAGAUGACUGAAGCGACUUAGCAGGAGCAGCAGCAGAUGCUUAGAGACAGAUGUUUUCACACAGAUUAUAGAGAACUCCACGGAGGUCGUGUUUGCCUUCUUUCCCUUUGUGCAUUUGGUUUCUAUGUUUUUGGCAUGUCUGGGUGUUUGCUUUGCUCAUGUUAGGCAGUGGGAUAAUUGACAUUCUCUGCACAAAGAUUUUAAGUUUUAAAUUACUGUGUGGGUACAACAUCUACGCUUCUCUUGCCCACCCUCACACCUGGAAACCUGAUGGAACUGUGCUGUCUUGAGACCCUGGCAGAAAAAUCAUUUUAACUUCUAGUAAAUUGAGGAAGGCUCAUAUAUCUGGGUACUGGUAGACUGAGGCCUCAUCAACUGGAAAUUAUUGUUAAGAAUAUAUACACCUUGGGAUUUCCCUGUGGCCCAGGGGCUAAGAAUCUGCCUGGCAAUGCUAGGACAUGGGUUCAAUCACUGGUCCAGGAAGAUUCCACUUGCUGUGAGGCGACUAAGCCCAUGUGUCGCAACUAAGACCCAAUGCAACCAAAUAUGUGAAUAAAUAAAAACUUAAAAUAAUAUGCACCUUGUUUUCUGGAUUGGCUAAGUAUAGGCUAUGAAGCCAGUUGAACAGUCUGAUACACCCAAAUGAAAGAUGUCUUUAUUUUUAACAAAAGUUAGUUAGUUCCUUAAGAGUAUCCCUUCAGGGUAGAAUAGUCCUUGAAAUUUUGAUGGAAGUCACGGAGGUUCAAUAUGCAUAACUCCUGUCUUUUAAUGCGUAAAUUUGACUUUUGCUUGGGCCUCCUCUUAUCCUCAGAUAGUUUGGAUUUUUUUUCUUCUUUCCUUGGAAGCUUGUAGGAUAAUUGACCUCCCCCGGUACCCCUCAUCUCCUUUUUCUCUCUUUUUGUACAUGAGAAGUGUAUUUUUGUAUCAUAUCUCAUACCUUGAAGAGAAAUUUUUUUAUAUCUUCAGGGCUGUAGAAUACACUAGUGUAACAUAUCAUUCAGUGUGAUAUGAAAACAUCCUGACGAAAACUACUGUGAAUCUCUCUUAUAGUUAAAACUCAGUUUUUUAGGUAUCUUCAAGUUCAUCAGUGUUAAUUUCCCGAUGCUUCAGUAUCGCAGUAAAUACCAAGAGCAGAAAAGAGCCCAGAAAAGAAAAAGGAUUUGUUAACUCCAACUUGCUGGAUUUCCAUGGAUAUUUGGGGAUCAAUGUUUGGAGCAAUCUCUUCCUUGACAUCCUGGCAAAGAUGCUUUUGUGGCAUUUCAGCCUUUCAUAUUUUCCAUUUUUGUAUUUUCCAAUACCAAUCAGCAUUACUUGCCUUCUGGGUUUUGUUUUUUGUUUUUUUUUUUUGGUUUGCUUGCCUUUUUUUUUUUUUUUUAACCCCCUAUCAUUUCUUGUAGCAAAAUGCAGCAACAGAAUUUCCUGAAAGCUGGCCUUGUGAAUUGUGCUAGGGUCUUUAAUUUAUGAAGGGGACCGAGUGACAUCAUGGAGAGAGGUUAGUGCCUUUGAAAGAGAUUUUAAAUACCCAUAGUUGCCUGCAGACGAUAGGCAUACCAUGCCUCUCAAGACCUCAGGAAGCCUGUCACACGUGGGCUCAAGAAGCAGGAGAGCAGGAUCUAUGCCUGCUGACUGGCAGGGAGUAGCUAGUUGGAGACGUUGCCUGUUGGCACUAAGGGUGAACAUGCAGGGUGGCGUGAGUACUUAGGAGGAUUGUGAAAGGACUUUUGUACACCUACCCACCAGGGCUGCCUUGUGGGGAAGAUGCAAACCACUUUGGUGGUGUUUCAGUAGCCUUCUAGAGAGGUUAGGAAUACCAUGUCAGACGUCCAGUGCAGAAGCUAAAACAUGGACAAGACACCUUCUCACUAUCGGGAAUCCUGCUUUAUUUCAUCCUCUUGCUUCCUGCUACAUUUUGUUUUUCCUUUUUUUCCGGCUGCACCGCAUAGCUCAUGGAACCUUAGUUUCCCAACCAAGGAUGGAACUUAGGUCCUCUGCAGUGAAAGCGUGGCAUCCUAACCACUGGACUGCCAAAUAAUUCCCUCUGCUGCUACUUAAGAUGCUUUUGAGGAAGGCUCUCUGCCUUAUAGGUUGAUACCUGAUCACUUCUUCGAUGGGUUUUGAAUUGACUGACUGACCAAAAAGCCAGCUCUUGCCAUCACUUCUCGGCCUUUUGGCUAAGACCAAGUGUAGUAUGGGGCUUCCCUAGUGGCUUAGUGGUAAAGAAUCCUCUUGCCAGUGCAGGAGAUGCAAGAGUUGCAGGUUCGAUCCCUGGUUCAGCAAGAUCCCCUGGAGUAGGAAAUGCAACCCACUCCAGUAUUCUUGCCUGGAAAAUCCCAUGGACAGAGAAGCCUGGUAGGCUACAGUCCAUGGGGUCACAAAGGGGACGCAACUGAGCACACACAGCCAUCCAUCUAGCUCACUUUAACAGGAAUUUCUGGGGACUUCCCUGGCAGUCCAGUGGUUGAGACUCCAUGCUUCCAAUGCAGGGGACAUGGGUUCAAUCCCUGAUGGAAAUAGCAUGGCCAAAACAAUAGAAGGAAUUUCCAAGACCUAAAGGUGUCACCCACCUCCCCCAACUUUUUUUGGAUAAUAUAUCACCAUUCUGCAACAUUUUUGUUUAUGGCCACUUGAGUACUUCAACCAUUGCUCCUUAUUGUGAAUAACAGAAGCAUAUACUUUUGCAGGAUCUAACACAGUAGCCUUCAAAUUAGACUUGGACAACCAUCAAUGUGAUAAAUUAGGAUCUGGAAUAAACAAAGCUUGUCCAGCCUACUGAAAUCUGCACGCUGCUCUUCACUGAUUCCUUGAUAAGUAGGAGAUACACCAGGACCAGUGUUUCCCUGGUGGUGGUAUGAAAACCUGAUUGCCCUUUGCACCAUCUCCUGAAAAUCUGUGGCAGCUAGUGGUGUUUAGCCAUAUGUUCUACCAUGUGUUCUAAUGUCUUUUUGAAGAUUUAAAGAUUUUAUUGUAGUGUCAAUUUAAUAUCCGCAUGUGUGUUAACUCUUUGAAUACUGUAAUUAAAUUGAUUUCUUUGUGAUGGUGAUGGUGAUUAGCGCUCACUUAAAAUCCAGCUUAGCACUUAUUUCCCUCUUCUCAACUGGAAAUCAUAUUUGUGAGGUAUGGUACCCAUGAUCCACAGUGUAUUCAUGAGUCAACUUCACAUUUCGUGUAUCUGGUUAUACAUUUUACAUGGCAUUUGAUUUGAUACUCUGAAUCCAUCUGAUUUUAAUAUAGUGGUGUGUGCGUGUGCCUAUGUGGCGUGUGCUCACUUUAGUUUCAUGAGCUUGGGAAACUGAUUCUACAAAUAUCAUAAAUAGGCAUAAAUGUAUAAGGCUUAUUUUUUUGGCAAAGCAAUCCAUACAUUUCUCUUAUUUAUUAAAUCACUGGCUUUGGUGUUACGUAGAGAUAUUUGUAGGCCAAUUUCAGAACAGAAUUAAAAUAUUGUGAAAAUUA